GCUACCGGAAGUUAUUGUCUCCUAGCAGCAGUUGCUAGUGAGCGAUAAAAGUAUUGUUUCCUUUACCCAUUUUACGUUUUCAUGUGUUGUCAACCUUUUAGAGUCUUUCAAACAUGCUUUGAAAACCACAGGGGGUUUAAUCGUCUGUGAGGAGUAAAUAUUUUUGUUGUUUGUCUUGGUUUCCUCGGAGUGUUAGCAUCUUCCGUUAGCUGGAAACAGACAGUCAGCGAUUCAGAGACGCUUUGGUGGAGAACAGACCGUUUCUGGUGGAGUGUGAGGAGGGGAAGGGUUCUGCUGUGGCCGGAUGAAACCCAAAAAAUGAAGCGAAACAAUGGAGGAACCGACACACAGAGAGCAGAUGGACUCCGACUCUCAUGACAUCCAGCAGGUCACGGUGGUUAAAGAAGAGCUUCCUCUUGAGGAGGAGAACUGCAGUCCCAGACCAGACCAGGAGGACCAGAAGUCUCCACAGAUUAAAGAGGAGCAGGAGGAGAAUGAGAUCACAGAGUUCAUAUUUGAUCCUGUAUCUAUAAAAAAUGAAGACGAUGAAGAGAAACCUCAGCUCUCAGAGCUUUAUCACGACCAGAUGGAAGUCGGAAACAGAGAAGAUACAGGAGCAGAACCAGAUGAAUGUUUGGAAACUGACGAGGAAGACAAAGCAUCGGGUUCUUCAGAGACGGACGUCAGUGAUGGGAACUGGGAGGAGAGCAGCGAAGCUGAAUCCGGUUCAGACUCUCUGAGAAACAACAAAUCUCCUGUAAGUGAUGGAAACUGUGAGAGAGAUGACAAGCUUCACAUCUGUGGUGAAUGUAGUAAAGCAUUCAAACGCAGAUCAUGUUUGGUACGACACAACAGAAUCCACACAGGAGAGAAACCCUUCAGCUGUUCCAUCUGUAGCAAAUUGUUCACAUGGAAACGAGGCUUGGUUAUACAUAUGAGAACGCACAGUGGAGAAAAACCUUUCAGCUGCUCGGUCUGUGGUCAAAGGUUCUCAAGAAAGGAAUCUGUGACCUCUCACAUGAGAUGUCACUCAUCAGAAAAACCUUUCAGCUGUUCCAUUUGUGGGAAAAAGUUCAACAGGAAGGAAAAUGUUCUUCGGCACAUGAGAUGCCACACUGAAGAAAAGCCGUUCAGUUGUUCCAUCUGUGGACAAAAGUUUGCCAGGAAGGAAAGUUUAAGCUAUCACAUGACGCAUCACACUACGGAGAAACCCUACAGCUGUUCUGUCUGUAAAAAAGCUUUUACUCUGAAAGUAACUUUGAUGGAACAUACAAGAUUUCACACAGAGGACAGACCAUUCAGCUGCUCUGUCUGUAAAACUGCUUUUAAAAGAAAAGCCUAUCUGACAGAGCACCAAAAAAUUCACACUGGAGAGAAACCUUUCAGCUGUUCAGUCUGCAGCCGAAGCUUUCGUCAGUCAAACAGCCUGAAGCGCCACAUGAGAAGUCACACAGAAGAAAAACCUUUCAGCUGCCCCAUCUGUCAGGCAACAUUCAAAUGGAAAAGUGCUUGUGUAAAACACGUAAAAAAUCACACAGGUGAAUAACCAGUGAAGUAGAGAUGCAGCGUCUUGCAAAUGUAUUCAUACCCAUUAAAAUUUCCCACAUUUUCUAAUGCUACAACAACAAACAGCAGUCCAGGGUUUUCAUUAAACCAACAAAAAGUAGUGAAUAAUGGUGUGGUGGGAGGAGAAUGAUUGUUUUUCAAUAUCAUUUUAUCAGUUAUUGCAAUCGGUUGAUGGUAUUCAUUGCUACUAUGGGUGGAACAAGCAGUGAUUAGGUUUUUAUUAAAUCUGUAGCAGAUGAUGUUUGGAAGAUGGAUGGACAAAACUGUGGGCGUGGGAUGAAGGUGCAUCGCUCAGUAAAUCUGAAUGUUAUUUAAAAAGUUAAUUUCAGUGACUUAACUUUAAAUGAAACACAUUAUAUAAAUUAAUUAC